AUGAACAACUGCCAGACGGAUCCGCACUACCUGGCCAAGCUGAAAUCCAUCGAGCACAAGAACUCGCUGGCGCACUCCUCGGCAGUGCUGAGCAUCUCGAUGCUUCAGGCGUACACCCAGGACGACUCCUUCAUCAAGGACCAGGAAAACCUCGAGUGGGUCAGCCACACCAACCUCUGGGGCAAGUUCAACUGCACGGCCUCCCUCGGCCUCAUCCACCAGGGCACCAAGCUCCCGCCUCUCGAGGUCUUCAAGAAGUACCUGCACGAGCAGAACCCUGACGGCAAGGAGCCCUUCCUGGUGGGCGGGGCAAUGUUCGGGCUGGGCCUGCUGACUGCGGGCAAGAAGGUCGAGGAAGUCAUCAACUACUGCCUCUGGGUCAUCGAUAACCCCACCAUGAACACCAAGGAGCCGAUCGUCCACGGCGCCUGCCUCUGCCUCGGGCUGGCUGGCUUCGCCUCCGCAGACCUCAUCAUCUACGAAAAGCUCAAGAACAUCCUGGACACCGACACCGCCGUCACCAGCCAGGCUGCGGCCCUGGCCAUCGGGCUGGUCAUGGCCAGCACCAACAGCGAGGAGGUCCUGGCCGACCUGCUCGGGUUCGAGUCCGGCCACGACAAGAUCAACAACGCGAUCUGCCAGGCUAUCGCUCUGGUCACCCUCGGCAAGCCCAGCAGCACCCUGGUGUCAGGGCUGUCCAACAGCCAGACGAUCAAGCGGGCGAUCCCUCUGCACCUGGCGGCGGCGCACUUCGGCACCUCCAACUCCAAGGCCGUCAAGCAGCUGCUCGCCCUGUCCAGCGACAUCUCCAACGAGAUCAAGCGCACGGCGGUCAUCUGUCUGGGCUUCGUGCUGCACAACAACCCCGAGCUGCUCGGCCUCAUGAAGAUGAUGUCCAGCUCCUACAACCCCCACAUCCGCUACGGACUAUGCCUGGCACUCGCUGUCGGGGGGCCCCUUGAACAGGGCGAGGCCAUUGCUGACCUCAUCUGGCCCUUCUUCACCGACACCACUGAGUUCGUCAGGCAGGCCGCCUUCCUGGCGAUCGCUAUGCUGGCGCUGAACGGUGCGCUUUCUGCCACCCGGGUGGCCGACUUCCGUAAGCUGAUCGACACAGUGCUGGCCAAAAAGCACGAGGACGUGCUGGUGCGGAUGGGCGUGAUCCUCUCAGUGGGCAUCCUGGACGCAGGCGGCCGGAAUAUGAAGAUCUCGCUGCGGUCCAGCACCGGGAACAACGACUUCGCGUUGGCUGCGAUGCUGGUGUUCACCGACUUCUGGCACUGGUACCCUCUGAUAAACUUCCUGGGCCUGGCGCUGUCCCCGACCGUCCUGAUCGGAAUCGAUUCGGAUUUCCGCAUCCCGCUGUCGUUCAACUGGAAGUGCCAGGCCAAGCCGAGCACCUUCAGCUACCCGGCGAUGAUACAGAAGGCCGAGCGCAAGGAGGAGAAGAAGAGCACGCUGGUGGAGCUGUCGACGGCACGGCGCGUGCAGUCCAAGGCCUUCCAGAAGAAAGACUCGCUGAUGGAGAUCGAGCCCCCCAAGGAGAAGGACGAGAAGGAGAAGGAUGAGCCCAGCACCUACCUCAUGAAGAACGCUAGCCGGGUGCUGGACAAGCAGACCCGCUUCAUCACCUGGGUGGACAACCGCUUCAUCCCACUGAUCCGCGACAAGCGCCAGGGCAUCAUCUUCCUCAAGGACACCCAGCCCGGCGUCGAGGAGCAGUACCUGGGCCUGCCCGCUGACCCUCCCAAGCCUGCUCCCGCUCCUCCUGCUGAAGGCACCCAGAUGCCCGAGUAG